AUGGUGCGGAAAGUAGAGACGAUCUUUCACUGUAUGGGCUCAUUCGCUGUGACGACUAACCCAUAUCGGGCUGGUUUCUCUGCUGGGUUUCGUCACUCAAAUCUUGAUGGCUUCUCGGAUGAUGAGGUGAAACAAGACGUGAAAAUCAACGAAGAAAACCGUGAAAUAAUUGUAAGACUCUUAAACAACCUCAGAGCGAAGAUUCAGGCAGUCGAAUUGAAGUUAGCAUCCUUGGAAAAUCAGAGAAAACUGAACCAGGAAACGGAAGCCAUAUACAGAGAUGCUCUGAACAUUGUAAACCACACAUUGGAUGGGAUCACUGCCGGAAAUCACCCGGAGGCUGACGACAAUUUGAAAUAUUUCAAUCUCGGAUGUAACGGGUUCAAUAUUACUAAACGCAACGACAGAUAUAUUAUUAUUCCUCCUUUAAUAAAACUUAACUAA